AUGAAAUGCCAGGUUACACAUCUGGCCCUCUGCCUCCGGCUUCGCCUAGUGGACCUUCACCUUCAUCUUUGCACCCCUCCUGCGAUUCCCGUUGAGCCAGGGUUUGACGCCGACCUAGAGGAAAUCCUGAGCGGAGGAUAUGGUGGGUGUGUGCCCCCGCCACACCACUUUGAACAGCCGUUGGUGCCUCCUCCUGGACUGAAUGUUAGACAGGCUGCUCCCAUUAUCUACCAACAACCUCUGUAUGAUCAAAAUGUCAUGCAGUUAGGUCAAGGGUACAGCCAGGCAGGUCCUUACAGCCAGGGUCAGAACCUGCAAUAUCAGUGGCCCGCGUAUGGCGGCCCAGGACCAUCAAACGUCUGUGCUCCCCCGCAGCAGUUUAACAACGUGCCAGUAGUGAUGGGCAUCCCUCCACACCUGAAGGACCACCUGGUUCCAUAUAAAAUAUUGAAAGAAGGGAUUCUUUACAGGGUUCCAAGAGCUCCAGCUCCAGCUCCGGCUCCGGCUCCGGCUCCUGCUCCUACUCCUGCUGCUCCUCCACUGGUCCCACCAGUUUCACAAAAGAGAAAUCGUGAGGCUCAAAAAGAUGAUGACCGGCCAUACAUUAAAAAGCCGCCCAACGCCUUCAUGCUCUUCAGGAAGGAGCAGAGACCAAAUGUUAUAGCUGAACUGAACAUCACUGAGAGUGCCACAGUGAACACUAUCCUUGGACAGAGGUGGCAGGCGCUAUCAAAAGAGGAACAGGCUAAAUAUUUCGAAGAGGCUGACAGAGAGAGACGGCUCCACGAACAGCGAUACCCUGAUUGGUCACCGAAGGACAACUAUGGCAAAAAGAAAAAGAGGACGAGGACCAAGGAUUCCACCAAGGCUGAAGCAUCUGCCAAGAGGCAGCGUGUGACACCUGUGCAGACAGCAGCGAUGACGCCCUCUACCUCACAGGCAGCUGCCAUGGAGGCUGCUCACACACGGACAGGCGUGACGCGGGCCCCGACCUUCCCGACAGUGCUGGAGGCUCCUCACACUGUGAGAGGAGGCCCGAUGUCUUCUACCACCACACAGACAGUCCUGGUGAAGCUUCCUGACAGAGAGAUUCCAUUUACUCUGCCUGUGUGCAACCUCUUUAACCUGCCACCGGUGAAUGACGGAGCAGAAAUCGCCUCCCGUCACUCCGCAGCCUCGGCUGCCUUCUUCUAACCCCUCUUUCACAACAAAUUCAUUGUCAUAUAUGGUGCAAUUCAUCUUCAGUUUCUUUUCCAUCUUUUACAUUUUGAUAUGUUGUAGCCUCAAUUAAUUUUUCCCAGUAUCAGUUGAAACUCAAUAUCUCUUUAAUGACGAAGCAGAAACAGAAUUUCCAAAUUUUUUCCAAUUUUUUUAAAAACUGAAACUUAAAAUUGGCGUAAGUGUUCAGACCCUCAGGUUCCUCGCCUUUCUCUCGAUCAUCUUUGAGACGUCUCUACACCUUGACUGGAGUCCAUCACUGAGGCCCGUGCUUAGUUUGGCCAGGUGGCCAGAUCUGAGUCCUGCUUGUCCUAAACGUCUUCCAUUUACAAAAAAAAAGAAUCAUGGAAAAAAAUUACGGAAACCACUGUGCUCAUUUUUUGUUGCUCAGAUCUGUGCCUCAACACAAUCUCGUCUCUAAGCUCUGCAGACAGUUCCCUCGACCUCAAGGCUUGGUUUUUGCUCCGAUGUAGAUCAUCAACUGUGAGACCUUGUGUAGACAGGAGCGUGCCUUUCCACCUCAUGUCCUGUCAGUUGAAUUUACCACAGGUGGAGUCCAGCCAAGGUGCAGAGAUAGCUCAGAGAUGAUCCAGAGAGAUGGGAGGAACCUGAGCCAAAUUUCAAAUGUGAUUGCAAAGGGUCAGUAGGGUCAGUUAUUCCAUCCUUUUUUUCCCUUCCUUUGCAAAAAUGACUAAAACCAAAUUUCUGCUUUUUGUAAUUAGGGGGUAGUGACCAGAGACUGAUGAGGAAAGUUCUUUCUUUAGACCAUGGCUGCAACUACAAAAUAUGAAAAACUGAAGACUUUCCAUCUUUUGCACCUUAUGCAGUGAAUGAGUGAAUAAAUAAUUGCAAGCAUA